AUGGGCAAGAAGUCGAACAAGAACCAGGAACAGGUUGUCGACCUCACCAAUGCAGGUCCCAAGGACUGCGGCGUGAUCUUUGACAGCUCUGAUGCCGUCCUGGACGAGGCCAGGAAGAUGGUCCGUCUCGACCACGUCUCCAAGCCUUGGACUCGUGAGUCCUGGGAGAAGGCUAGGCCCUUCAUCCUCGAGCAGCGCCAGAAGCUCGAGACUACCGGCUGGGCGGGCGCCGACUCGGCCCGUACCGAGAUGUACGUCCUCCGCCGCAACGCCCCUCACGGUGCCUUUACCGAUGACGGCUUCAUGUACAUCAGGAUUCCCAAGAAGUUUAUCGACUUCCACCGAUCCAGCCGACCUGCCGAGGAAGACAAGGCCGACGAGCACGACGAAGGCAAACAGCGCAAGACGCUCCGUCGUCGCAAAGAGAACGCACCUUCAUACAAGCUCGACAACGAGUUUAUUUGGAAGGUGCGUGUUGAUGGUGACGGUGAGAACAGCGACCGUGACCCCAACGUCAUCCUCGACACUCCCGAGCCCCUCGAGAACAUUUUUUACCUUGUUCAGUGCCUCUCGCCCGGUAUGGCCAGGCUCGAGUACAAUCGCAAGGACGCCAUGCAGCCCAACACCAAGCAGUCGGAUCUUCGCGAUGACCCAGAAGCCCCCGCUAUGCGACAUCGCGCCGUAUUCGCCGCAAGCGAAAAGAUGGUCCGCACCCUUCCUCCCGUCUUUUGGUUGAAGAAGAACGAGACUGAGCUCCGCAAGAUCUUGGGUGCCGAGGCCUAUGAGGCCACUAUGCGCGCCGCGCAGGAUGACAAGCGCUCGCACAUCCGCGAUGUCAAGGGCCUCAAUGAGAAGGUCUGGGAAGAAGCUCUACCUCCACCCGCUCCUCUUGCGCUUGCCCGCAUCCCGCCUGUUCUUGUUGAAUCGCUAUCGCGCGCCGUGGCUCGUUCUCCGUACCAAGCUCCGUUUCUCUCUGCCUUUGGUUCCGCUUCCGAAAAUGGCUACGCAAGAAAACCCAUAUCUAUUGGCCCCGUCGAGACCGGCACCGUUUUGUCUUGGAUGACUGCUGCUCUAGCCGUUGGCGCGUCUGCGCUCUUUUUUCGUCCCUUCGUUUGA